AUGAUUCCAACCGCUAACUUCCCAAACGUGUCACAAAGUCUAUAUGGGCUGGCCGAGGAAAUUAUCGAACCAAAUCCAGCCUUGGAUUAUCAUUCAAAUUCUCUUUUAUACAAUCUCUCAACUCUCAAAGACAAGAUCCAUCAACUCCAAUCACUUGCAACUAUCAUCGUUGAUCAAAACUGCGACAAUUCAACACAACAUAUGGCUGUCGCAGCCAACAUGGGAAGUAUUGUUCAAGAAAUCAUUGUAACUGCUUCAUCUAUGAUGUUUACUUGCCAACAAAUGACCAUCGGGUCAUCUUCAUCGUCAACUAGCCAUGUAGUCAAGUCAAACACAGCUGUUGAGAACCGAGGAUUCCAUAUCGGGGAAGAUAGGGCUGGGACGGGGUUUUUCUCGGGAUCGGAAACCAUGGAUUGUAUUAGAGAAUUGAAUCAAGAAUGGUUGAACGAAAACUACAUUAACGACACAUCUUCAACUUUACAAGAAGAUAACGGGCAUCGCGAUCAUGGGACGAGGGCUGGUGUGCUCCAUGAAGUGAGGGGAACUCGGGAAGGCGUAUGCAAUGAUGAUAUGAACUCUUUAUCGUAUGAUAUUGUUGAACUUGAUGCUGCAGAUCUACUUGCCAAAUACACACAUUAUUGUCAGGUAUGCGGAAAAGGAUUCAAGAGAGACGCGAACUUAAGGAUGCACAUGCGAGCCCACGGUGAUAAAUACAAGUCUAGCGCCGCCUUAAGUAACCCCAUGAAGGGCAUUGCAGGAGCGUCUGAGGACCAAACCGCAUCUAAAACCACCCCCGCAAGGAAAUACUCUUGUCCACAAGAAGGAUGUAGAUGGAACCGAAAGCAUGCAAAAUUCCAACCGUUGAAAUCCAUGAUUUGUGUCAAGAAUCACUAUCGUCGAAGCCAUUGUCCCAAGAUGUAUGUUUGCAAACGUUGCAACCGCAAACAAUUCUCCGUUCUGUCUGAUCUUCGUACACACGAGAAACAUUGCGGGGACCUCAAGUGGCAGUGUAGUUGUGGAACCACGUUUUCGAGAAAGGACAAGUUGAUGGGCCACGUGACUUUGUUCGUCGGUCAUUUUCCCGCCGUCACUUCUUUGGGAAGGAUGGCAAAGAUUGAACCCUCGGGAGCCCAACAACAUGAUUAUAAUCGCUAA